AUGGAGGCAAGAGAUGAUGUCCCUUUACAACAGUUGUCUAGAGAGACAUCUCCACACGAAGAGCACGAAGGGCAUGAAGAGAAUGACACUUUUGCCGACCAAUAUGAAGUGCCGCCGUACGAGGGGCGGAACGAGGAGGUGCUUCCACCGUACGAGCAACACCGUCCUGAACGCAUACGUUCUACACCAUUACACCGAAAUCUCGGCAUACUGAUUCCCGUUGCGCUUUAUGCGACCAUGGCAAUCUAUUCCUGGGCGACCAUAUGCGUUCUCUCCCGAGUAGAGGACUACACUACCAACAAAAACGGCAUCAAGACCCGCUCUUACAGAGCUGCGCGCACUGUCCAAGUCGUUGCAAAUAUUGUAACACUUCCAGUCAUCUCGUUCGUCUGCGCUUGGGCUGCCGCCGUCUUUGUACAGAAUCAGCGCGAUGCCUACAGCCUACGUUUGCGCCAGGUGAUAACUCUGGCGGAUCGUGCUUGGACGAACCCUAUGCAAUACUUGCGUUUGCUGCUUUAUCCUUCUGGAUUAAAGCGAUACGGUAGCAGCAUGCUCUAUCUAGCCAUCUUCAUUCACAUCUUCGGAGCCAUUACCUAUCCGAUUCAAUCUCUGUUCCUUUCGACUCGACUAGUCUCUAUUGCGCCUAUCGACAGAUAUGGCUUUAUCGACUACAGCUUUUCCGGCGUGAAGUCAUUAUCAACCGUACUCAGUUCGAGCUACGAGGACAUUGCGGCUUAUAUUCUUACGGUACGACAGGAAUCACAGACGAUAGGAAUUGAUGGGUAUCAAGAUAACCUUUGGGGAAAUACCAGUCAAUUAAGUGGCUACACAUCGGAUGCAAGCUGGUAUGCGCCGUUAUCCAAAAACAGUAGCACUGGUCUAUACACCAAUCAGUAUAUUGCAAGGCUCAACUGCUCGGCCGAGGUUCAAAUUAUGACUACGGGUGAAUUUCCGUCAAAUUGUUCUGGAGACUCAUUAUUUUAUGCUGCCUAUACAUACCCUAAUAGCUUCUACAACUUGACAGUGGAAGACUUCACUGAGGUGCUCUACGUCAACAUUAACUCCAACUACUCAGCGUCAGCUCCAGCCGAUGAAGAUUAUGAGUCUUAUAUGAAACCCUUCAAAGUCAUCAUGAACACGACCGCCGGCUUAUUCGAGCUGCCAAAUGUCCAGAACGGUCAAUUAGCGGGCCCAUUGGUAUCCAACUCAUCAUGCGGUAGUGGAAACUAUUGUAAUAAUGAAACGCAUAUAGCUCGCCGAGAUUACAAUUUUUUCAAUCCAUCUGCUAUUGGUCCCCUAGCUACCAUCGCCUUGGCUCUCUUCGGACCCGGGUCAUUCGCGGAUACUCAACAAACUGCGCCUAACUUUUAUUCGAUCGAUACUAAUGAGACUGGUUGGAAGCUCUUCCUCGACUCAUAUGCCGCAGGUGACAGUCAACUACCACUUACGCCGCUUGGAUUUAAAGUUGGCUUGGAUAGUUACGCAGCGCAUGACUGGUUCGGAAGUUUCUCCGCCCCUUCAGCAGACGCUUCUUCGGCUUUUACGCAAGCUGGCUUUCUAGCCAUCAAGGCCAUGUUUGACAGUGACUCGAAUUACGGAUACAUGUCUAUUUACUCGAACAAUGAUGUUCUAGAGCAGAUAACCUUACCCUCGAUGUCAUUGCCAGCCGUGAUUGCUUGCUCUAUACUAUUUGGGCUGUACAUGAUUCCACUACUGUUACUGGCGUUGUAUGCUGCAUUCAGUCAUCGUUGGACCGAUACUCUAGACGCCUUUACCAUGUUACGCAUGGGCGCUGCUUUGGGUCAGAAAGAUCUACCAUUGCUCGUUGGAAAGAAUAAGCGGAAGAUCGAUAUCCUGGACAAUUUACCUGGUGUAGUUAGGGAUAUAUCAGGUCCAGACGAUCAAGUCAGACAAAUAGCCUUUGGCAUUGAAGGGGGCAUGCCUUUGCAGCUUCGAAAGCGAUACCUGGCUUAUCCCGGAAAUCAUGAUCCUAUGGGAGCACCGAAGUUUAGUCGUUGA